UAGAUGAAUAGUUGGAGUAGUUAAACAGACACACAAUAUUUACAGAUAAUCACGUUUAAAAAUGCAAAUUUUUGACUUUACUUUUAUUUUCUAUCGCAUGCGGAAUUUGGAAUUUUACCGAUAGACAUUGAAGAGUAUGUAUUUCAUGUGUGAAGAUGUUCAGUCGAAAUCGGUGACUUGUGUUACGUGUUGGGUUCAAGCAAUCCAAUCCAUAAAAUAAGAACAUUGACGAAAUUUUCUUCGUGAUAUAAACGAGUAGAUAAUUAUAGAAAUUUCAUCAUAGAUUUAUGAAUUCCUGGUUGAGCAGAUGUACAGUCGAAACUGGUGAUUUUUUUUUUUUAAGAUCGAAAUGUCACCUACUAUUGUUAUGUUGGCUGUAUGGAGGUACAUCGCUAUAGCAUACCCAUUGAAAGCACAUUAUUGGUGUACAAUGAAAAUCACGCAAAAUGCAGUCAUUGCCUGUUACAUUACUGGUGUUUUGCUCAGCUCACCGUUGUAUUUUUCCUUCAAAAUCGUGCAACACAACAGUACAGCUGAAAACCCACUUCAUUAUAUCCCAUCAGCUGAACACAAAGAUGGUUCUUUUAUGUAUAAUAUUGCACUUAUUAUCAAAUCAGUGUUACAACAAAUAUUGCCAUCAAUUGCGCUGUUAAUAUUCAGUUUUAGACUGAUGGUCGCGCUUUUUACAAAAGGAUCAACUAAUGAACUACAAAGGUCGCGUUCAAACAUCCAAAAUAACCCCAGAAACGCAAAAAUGAAACAACAAGCUGAUCGAUUAAUAAUGAUAACCUUGACAGUUAUGGUAUUAUUUCUAAUCACACAAAUACCUCUUGCAGCGGUCAAUCUAAUCUGGCUGUUGUUACCUAACAUUUACAAUAAGAUGGAUAGUGAUCUACAAUUUUGUUGCCUGCAAUGUGCCAAUUUAUUAUCAUCAAGUACCAUUUAUUACAUCAAUAUGUCCGUGUCAUUUCUCGUAUAUUACGCCAUGAGUAAAAAUUUUAGAACCACAUUUCAAUCUCUGUUCAACAAGCAUAGGAUAAAUUCUCAAAAAAUGAAAGUUUUUCGUUUGAUUACUACGAGAAAAACUCGUACAAGCCCAAAACAAGGGAAUGUGAAUACCGAUCAAACGAUUCAAAGUCAAACCAUGAACACAUUUGUCUAAAAAAAAGAGCAUGCUCUUGAUCAUGUCAUGUCACAUCCCACUUUCUACCUCAUCAAAAAAAUGGUGUUCUCUCUUUGUAGCAACACUGUAAUUUUCGAGCUCAUCGUUUCUAUGGAUACCCCCCUCCCACAUUUUAAGUGGCGAAACUUACUCUCCUAGUCAAGAAACGGAUCUCAGAAAAUUUAGUUGAGUAACCGUAGGUAAUGAGUGAGCAUUUUGGGACAAUUCACUUUUAUUUUUCACGAAUCUGAAACAUUGAUAUGUAAUUAAUCGAGUUAUGGAUGCUCGAGUUUUUGAGAAAAUUCGAAAAAAUUGACAAACAGCAAUUUUUCUGCACGAAAAGUCCUUCUCAGCGAGCUUGACUGCACUGAAAAGAAAUGCUCAAAAUCAGAUACAUUUUGCUGGCCCUACCUCUUUCAAGGGGGGGGGGGAGGAGGGUCUCCCUGAGAGGAUAGAGCAUCGUUAGAGUAAGUUAGAGCACCUAAUCCCGACGUCAUAGAGCAGUAUGUUAUCCCCCUUUUUCUGAAAAACCCCGUUGGUAUGGCUGGGGAAAUUGUAGCCCUACCUAUGCAGCCAAAAUCAACAAAAAUUAUUUGAAAAACGCUAUGUAUGAUUUGUUUACUUUUUGUAUAUCGUCAUUUUGAUUAAAUGAUUUUAUUUAUUUAUUUUUUUCAAUACUUUGUUUCAUCGUAAUUCGUUGAAAAAAAUAUAUUUGUGUCAAAUAUUAUUUUGUAUCCUUAUAAUAUAUUUUAAUGUAAAAGUUUUGAAGUUGAACAUUAUAAGUAGAUAAAUUUAAUUUACAAUAAUUUAAAUGUUGACUUUUCUCAAAUUUCAUGUUUCAUAAAAGGAUUCAUCUAAGUACAUUUUUGCAGGGUUAAUGUGGAUCAACACCACCCCUCCCCCCAAAAUUGGGUGGAUUCUGACCAUGAAACCAUUUGGAAUCACCGACUCCGGUGCCAAAUUUUUACACCUGCUCAUCUCGUAGUAUUUAUUUGUAAACAUACGCAUCAAGUAUACUAUCACAUGGUUCUAAUGUACAGUAUCAUUUCAUGACAAGGUUUUGUCGCGCGAUUAAAGAUUUUUAAGACUUAUGUCUCCAAAAUGUGUGCGCGACAGUUGCAACGAUUUUGUAUUGUGUUAUUCGUGAAUUUAUUCAUUUCGUUUAUUGUUGUGAUGGUAAUUAGUCGACAAACUUACUGUGCACAACUCACCGAUGUUCAGCCUCCAGAAUCACCUCAGGAUCCCUGCGAACCGUCUCCUUGCGGAGCAAACGCUCAUUGUUGGCACGGAGAAAGAGGAAUCACUUGCUUUUGCUUACCCGAAUACUACGGGGACCCGUACACCGGUUGCAGACCACCAGCAUGUGUUACGAAUUCUGACUGUGACCCUAGCAAAGCGUGUUUCAAUAACAAAUGUGAAGACCCUUGCAUCGAUGCGUCUUGCGGUCUAAAUGCCAAAUGCGAAGUGAUAAAUCAUGAUCCCUGGUGUAGAUGUUUUCCCGAAUACAUAGGCGAUCCAAUAGACGAAUGCCAUCCUAAGGAACAGCACGGGGGAAGUCCAAUGAAUCUUUGUAUUCCAUCGCCUUGUGGACCAUAUAGCGAAUGUCGUCAAGUGAAUGAUCACGCUGUAUGCUCUUGUCAAAAGAAUUACGUAGGUUCGCCUCCUGCAUGUCGACCCGAGUGUAUGGAUAGCUCAGAGUGUCCGCAAGAUGAGGCUUGCAAAUCGCGGAGUUGUGUUGACCCAUGCCCUGGAACUUGCAGUCCGGAUGCACGUUGUCAAGUCAUCAAUCACAAUCCUAUUUGCAGCUGUCCGCCGGAUUACACUGGUGAUCCUUUCGUUCGGUGUAUAAAACUACCGAUCCUAACCGAAACAUCAGGUCCUUGUCAUCCGUCACCUUGCGGUAGUAACGCAGUGUGCGAAGAACUUGACGGAGCCGGAUCUUGUCAGUGUCUACCCGAAUACUCGGGAGAUCCUUACACCAGCUGCAGACCGGAAUGCGUUCUUAACAGCGAAUGUCCUCACGAUAAGGCUUGCGUCAACAAUAAAUGUAUAAAUCCGUGUAUCGGAGUAUGCGGUGCUAAUGCCGAAUGUAGGGUCAUCAACCAUGCCCCUUCUUGCAGCUGUGUCAUCGGGUACACAGGAAACCCAUUGGUGUCCUGUCAUCCAACGCCAAAACCACCACCACCGAGACCAGAACGACCGAGAAAUCCGUGCAUUCCUUCGCCAUGUGGACCAUACAGCGAAUGUCGUCAAGUCGACAAUCACGCUGUAUGUUCUUGCCAGAAAAACUACAUCGGUUCGCCUCCGGCGUGCAGACCCGAGUGUGUGGUUAGCUCGGAAUGUGCGCAGAAUAAAGCCUGCAUUAAACAAAAAUGUCAAGAUCCUUGUAUCGGAACGUGCGGCUACAAUGCACGAUGUCAAGUGGUCAGCCAUAACCCGAUAUGUAGUUGUUCGCCUGGGUUCACUGGUGAUCCAUUUGUACGUUGUGUUAAAGAAGAACCUGUACAACCUGAAGAACUUCAUCCGACCAAUCCCUGCAUACCUUCGCCUUGCGGACCAAAUUCGCAAUGUCGCGUUAUAGGCAGCAAUCCUGCUUGCUCGUGCUUAAAAAACUAUGUCGGAAGACCUCCCAAUUGUCGACCAGAAUGUACCAUAAAUGAGGAAUGUCCGCCUCACUUGGCGUGCCAGAAUGAGCGUUGUCGAGACCCCUGUAUAGGUUCUUGUGGCGCCCAUUCUACUUGUGCUACUGUCAAACAUGUGCCACAUUGUAAUUGCAAAAUUGGCUACACUGGCGAUCCGUUCACCGGUUGCACACUAAUCGUUGAAGUUCGACCUCCAGAAUCAUCUCAAGAUCCCUGUGGACCAUCUCCUUGCGGAGCAAACGCUGUUUGUAAACAAGGGAACGGAGCAGAUUCUUGCCUUUGCUUACCCGGAUACUACGGGGACCCGUACACCGGUUGCAGACCAGAAUGUGUUACAAAUUCUGACUGUGACUGUUGCAAAGCGUGUUUCAAUAACAAAUGUGAAGACCCUUGCAUCGGUGCGUCUUGCGGUCUAAAUGCCAAAUGCGAAGUGAUAAAUCAUGAUCCCUCGUGUACAUGUCUUCCCGAAUACAUAGGCGAUCCUAUAAUCGAAUGCCAUCCUAAGGAAGAGCACAGGCCUAGACCAACAGAUCCUUGUAUUCCAUCGCCUUGUGGACAGUACAGCGAAUGUCGUCCAUUGAAUGAUCACGCUCUAUGCUCUUGUCAAAAGAAUUACGUAGGUUCGCCUCCUGCAUGUCGACCCGAGUGUAUGGUUAGCUCAGAGUGUCCGCAAGAUGAGGCUUGCAUAAGGCAGAGUUGUGUUGACCCAUGCCUUGGAACUUGCAGUCCGGAUGCACGUUGUCAAGUCAUCAAUCACAAUCCUAUUUGCAGCUGUCCGCCGGAUUACACUGGUGAUCCUUCCGUUCGGUGUAUAAAACUAUUACCAAUCGAGUGUGAAGCUGAUUCAGAUUGUAAUGAUCUCGAACGAUGUGACGAAGGAAGCUGCAUAGAGGUUUGCAGUAUUUAUCUUUGUGGUCAAAACGCAAUCUGUAAUGCAAAUAAUCACACCUCUGUAUGUUCUUGCCCGUCUCAUUAUAUUGGAGAUCCACAAGAGCAAUGUACCAGCGUUGCAUGCGAAUCGGAUGAUCAAUGUAGUAAUGACAAAAUUUGCUACAACGGCGACUGCGUAAAUCCAUGUUGGAUCAACAAUCCAUGUGCCAUAACAGCAAAAUGUUACGGUGACAAUCACCGCACCGCUUGCAAAUGUCUACCAGACCUCAAAGGUGAUCCAUUCGUCAAAUGUGAACUAGAAUUGGAAUGCCACAUCGAUGCGCCAUGUACAAGCGGUACUCAUUGCAGUGUCUUAGACAGCUCGCCAGUUGCAACACUCAGGUGCACAUGUCCAGAACGAUGGACACGGGACGGAGGCGAAUGUAUUCGUAUACCAGAUCCAAUCAUUAAAUCAGCACCACCUCCGCCGCCUCCACCUCCGAAUCCAUGCGUCCCGUCUCCUUGCGGAGCGAAUGCAGUUUGUCAAGAGAGAAAUUAUGGAGUCGGAUCUUGUAUAUGUUUACCGGAAUACUACGGUGAUCCUUAUACUGGCUGCAGACCAGAAUGUGUGACUAAUUCUGAUUGCGAUCCGAACAGAGCGUGUUUAAAUAAUAAAUGCAAAGAUCCCUGUCCCGGAACUUGCGGCCUCUUCGCCGAAUGUAGGGUUAUGAAUCACGCUCCAUCGUGUUCUUGCCUGCCAAGCUAUACAGGCGAUCCUAUAAGUGCAUGUCAUCAAAUACAAGAAAUAAAACCAGAAAACGUUACUCCGUGUACGCCGUCGCCUUGUGGACCAUAUAGUAAAUGUAUAGAGGAAAACGGUCGUGCCGUGUGUUCUUGCCAACAGAACUACAUCGGAACAUCUUCGGGAUGUAGGCCAGAGUGUAUGGUUGAUUCAGAUUGUGCGCAGAAUAAGCAAUGUAUCAAUCCAAAAUGCGUAGAUCCUUGUCCUGGACGUUGCGGAAAAAAUGCCAAAUGUCAUGGCCGCAACCAUCAUCCAUUCUGUGAGUGUCUUAAAGGCUAUAUUGGAAAACCACUUGUGCGAUGCGUUCUUGAAGUGAACAAGCUUCAAUUUGAGCUCGGUUAGUACAAGAUUUCGAAUGCAACUAGCAAAAUGCUCGGUCCCGAGCACAACGUAUUGGAAUAUCAAAUAUAUGUAUUAUGGUUGCGGGAAUACUUAGAAAUACAUAUAUGGUUACCUACUUGUAAAAAUAUACGUACAUACUCAAUUUCGGUUUUGAUGUUUUGAUUUUUAGUAAAUAAACUGUUCAGUUGGUUUUA